AUGGUUAUCCGUCAGUCUACGAUGGAUUGCGACGAGAUGCGCAAGAAGAUCAACGAAUUCCUGGGUGAAAAAAUCAUCACUCAAACAGCUUUUCUGAAAGCCUUGGGAAAUGUCAGUGCCAACAGUUUGCGCAGCUUUAUUAGCUUGAAACGACACUCAAACAUAAACAGAACGGACCUUCGCAGCCGUGUGUCCCACACAAACUCCACACAAACGAUUUCCGACCAGCACGCAGGCACGUGGCGCAACACAGAGCUCGACGGCAGUUCUCCGUCCGUACUGACGGACACAGGUGACCCCAAGAAGCGCAAAGCGACUCUAUCGCUGCGCAAAGACCAUUACCAGGUUAUCCAGCAAGUGUGA